GAUACGUAAGUGCAUUUGCUUUCUUUCCAACAUGGCGACGGACGGCACGUAGAAUUUAGUUUGGGGUUGCAACAUCACGGAUUAUUGUACCAUUAUGACCAUAUGAAAGCUAUUUGCUUAUCAGAAAUCCGUCACUAUACUAUUUCUAACUAUUUUAUUUGGCUCGUCAUUCGGCUCUAACGAGGAAUUGGGAAAUGUAUCGUCGCGGAGCAGCAAAGAAGGACCACAACAACAAACCUGUGAAGAAGGAUGUUAGUGACAGUGAUAAAUACGCCGACCUCUUGGUGUUCGGAUACGCCUGCAAACUGUUUCCAGACGACGAAAAGGCGCUUUACCAUGAACACGGAAAGCAUCUCAUCCCAUGGAUGGGGGAAAAGAGCAUCAUGAUUGAUAGAUACGAUGGGCGUGGUCACUUACACGACCUCUCAGAGUAUGACAGCGGGUCAUGGAACACGUCCUACCAGCUGUCUGAGGAGGAGGCAAGGAUUGAGGCGCUGUUGGAUGAGGAGAGGUACCUGGCUCUGCACACCGACCUGCUGGAGGAGGAGGCCAGACAAGAGGAGGAGUACAAACGUCUGAGCGAGGCUCUCGCUGAUGAAGGCACCUACAAUGCAGUGGCCUUCAAAUACAGCGCCGACUACUACGAUCCCUCUCAGCCCACCGUGGAGGACGAAGCCAACAGGGAAUGCGAAGAGGCAGAGCCUGAGGAGAACGAGGAACCUUUUGUUGCUCCCCCCGGACUCGCCAUCCCUCCUGAUGUGGAACUGCCGGCAACCAUCAAGACCCAUAACAUCAUCGAGAAGACUGCCAAAUUUGUAUCUCAGCAGGGGGCUCAGUUUGAGAUCGUCCUGAAAGCUAAGCAGUCCAACAACUCCCAGUUUGACUUUCUUCGCUUUGACCAUUACUUGAACCCUUAUUACAAACACAUCCUGCGGGCCAUGAAGGAAGGUCGAUACAACAUUGUCUCCGCCAAGAAGCAAGAGCAGUCGCAGGAAUCAAACUCUGAUGAUUCAGACGACGACGGAGAUGGCAAUUACCUCCAUCCCAGCCUGUUUGCCCCUAAAAGGUGUUCUCGCCUGGAGGAGCUGGUGAAGCCUCUUCAAGUAAUGGACCCAGACCAUCCUCUGGCAGCACUUGUACUGAAAGCCCGACAGGAAAGGAACGGCACAGCAACAGUGGCAACCAAAGCCGAAGAAGUGGCGGACCCAGCUGUCGCCGGCACACCGGCGCAGUCCAACGCUGACCCAAAUGCAGCUGCAACGUACUACGGCUACUACAUGCUCCCGGAUGGCACGUUCUGCUUGGCUCCGCCUCCCCCAGGGAUAGAUGCCAGUGCCUACUAUAACAGCAUGCCCCCAGGUGUCAUGGGGCCCCAAACAGGUUCUGAGGCUUCACCUAAUCUGGGAACCACACCUGCCCCGUCUGAAACUAUCAUCGUGGCAGCACCAGCUUCAGCCCCCUCUCAGGUCGCCGUCUCUGCGGCUCCCGCUGUUCUACCAGAAACCAGUUCAAAACCCGAAGCUCCAGUUUCCACACCAGCAACAGCGGCCAUCAUCCCCCCACCACCUGACACCCAGCCCGUCAUAGACAAGCUGGCAGAGUACGUCGCGAGGAACGGCCUUAAGUUUGAGGCCAGUGUCCGUGCCAAGAAUGAUCCACGGUUUGACUUCCUGCAGUCUUGGAAUCAGUACAACACCUAUUAUGAGUUUAAGAAGAAUUACUUUUUGCAGAAGGAAGGAAAAAGCUUCCCAGAGAAUGAGACUCUAGAUGACGCUGAUGUCGAUAGGCUUCAAUCUGACGCGUCGUCCCAGGUGGCAAAAGCCUCUUUUGCCCCCAUCUGUUUUGCGAUCAAAGCGAAGGAAACUGAUAUGCUGCCGCUGGAGAAGAACCGGGUGCGAUUGGACGACGACUCCGAUGAGGACAAGUUGCUGGACGAGCAGCGGCUGGAAGCUCUGUUGGGCGGAGCUAUGAUGGCUGAAAAGGACCCGCCUCCAGUCACUGCACCCGAAGAGAAAAGACCGCCCCUCAGCUUGGAGGAGUUGGAGGCCAAACAAGCCAAGCAGAAACUGGAGGACCGUCUGUCCGCUGCAGCCAGGGAUAAGCUGGCCCAGGCGUCCAAGGAGUCCAAAGAGAAGCAGUUGCAGGCAGAGAGGAAGAGGAAGGCGGCGCUCUUCCUACAGACACUACGCGGCCCCCUCGCCGGGGAGCCUGAGGCCAAGAGAGCCGGGCUGGACUCGGCUGCACAGCUUGAGCUACAAGAAGCCCUCUCGGCCCUGUCGGACGCUGCACCCCAUCGGGCGUCGUCUGCCCAACCUGCGCAUCCUCAGGAUCAAAGACCGGCUGUGGCGAGCAAAGGGGGCCAUCGCAGCAGGGAGCCUACGUCCUCCUCAUCCUCCCACACCACCUCCAGAGGAUCAGCGAGGGACAGAGAUCGGGACAGGGACAGGGACAGGGACCGCGAGAGGGACCGCGAGAGGGAGCGAGAGAGAGACCGCGAGAGGGACCGCGAGAGAGACCGCGAGAGAGACCGCGAGAGGGACCGCGAGAAGGAGCGAGAGAGGGAGCGAGAGAGAGAGCGAGAAAAGGAGCGAGAGAGGGGCCGAGACAGAGAGAAAGAAAGAGACAGAGACCGGCACAAAGGUCGGGACAAAGACAAAAAGAAGAAAAAACACAAGAGGAGGUCGAGGUCAAAGUCGAAGUCGAAGAGCAAACACUCCCUUCCCAGUGCCUACAGGAGAUCCCGCAGGUCCCGUUCCCGGUCACGCUCCCCGGGGAGAAGGGACCGGAGGGGCCCCUCGGCAGAGAGGAGACGUGACGAGAGAGAGCGGGAGCGCCACCAUCCCAGCAGCAGCUCCAACCCUCCCAGAGGCCAUUCGAGGUCCAGGUCCCCGCCGGAGAAAAGAAGGAGCUUCUUGUCAUCCUCGGGACAGAUGAAAACUGUUGGUACCUCUCUCUCCCCGUGUUCCUCAUCUGGCAGAGUUUUGUCCCCGUCAGCAAGCCCCGCCUCCAGCCUGGCCCACUCCAGGGGUGGUUCUCUGGAGAAAGACAAGGCAGUGGCCUCAUCCAUUGUAUCCUCGGUUCAGUCAAAAAUAACUCAGGAUCUGAUGGCCAAAGUGCGGGCCAUGCUUGCCACCUCCAAGACCCUCCAGCCUCCCAACUCCUAAAGACGGCUCCGCCUCCUUCUGGCCGCCAUCCAACAUGCGGCCGAGCGCCAUUCUCCUCCGUGUAUGAUUUUUGUCUUAAUUCGAGCGUUGGCAGAUUCACUUUGAUUACGUUGUGUCUUCUUCAGUAUUGUGAGAGGGCAAACGGCAGCGGUGAAACCAUCCGGUGUCCCACCCGUCCUCCUGAAAACGUCUCCCAUCGCCCCCGGGGGCAUUUCAGCAGUCGGCAUGUUUUCAGUAUAAAUGUGGAAGUAAUCCAUAUGUUAUUUAACAUCCCGUUUUUAAACACUCUACUUUUCUCCCACGUGGUGACGGUCCGUCUUUGCCGUUACGUAACGCCGCCGCAGGUCUGUAUUCUCCCCUUCCAUGAAGGGUUGUGUUGUUCUCUCCUCCCUCAUCCACCGUUCGCCGCUGCUGGUUUCCCUUUUUUUUUAAUUUCCGCCCCCAGCUCUCUGCUCUCCUGCACCUCGCGCGUUUCCUUUUUCUCGCCUGUCCACUUCAGCUCAAGUGCGUGGCCUUUUAAUUCAUUUCCUGGUUUGUACUGUAAUGGAAUUUAAUGCAGGAAAACUUUCUAAUGUUAAUAAAAUUUCAAUUAUGAUUUA